AUGGAUUCUCCAUCCGCUGAAGUGCUGACGGUAAGAUCCGUCGAUCUUUGCACUGACGAGAAUGGCAAGGAUCACCACACCAUGCGAUAUGAGUUGAUGAGCCGGGACGAGUAUAGUGGCAAGAUACCGAAGCUAGUCGUACGCCGUGGACAACCGUUUCGUUUGCGCUUGGUAUGCGAUCGGCCGUACGAUCGGAGCCGGGACGCGUUGAGUUUGAUUUUUACCGUGGCCGAUGAGGACCAGCCAACGCACGGCCAUGCGACAUUGGUCGGUAUUCCGGUGAAUCAAUUUCCCGAGCAACUGAGUGAACCACACGAGUGGGGUGCUGCAAUCGAGGCAAUCCACGGAGAUCUGCUGGAAAUUUUGGUUAAACCGGCCGCAACGGCUCCAAUCGGCCAGUGGAAGUUGGAUAUCGAUACAAAGCUGCUUAGCGAUCCGUUCGGCAAAAGUUAUUCACUGCCCCAGGCGUUCUACGUCCUCUUUAAUCCCUGGUGUCCUGAUGAUCUGGUGUACAUGGAAGAGAAAGCACACCGGCACGAGUACGUGAUGAGCGACACGACUCUCAUCUACCGAGGAUCGUACAACCGAUUGCGUCCUUCGGUGUGGAAGUUUGGCCAGUUUGAAAAACACAUCCUGGACUGUUCGCUGUUGUUGAUCACAAAAAUCGGCAAGGUUAGUGCUACACACCGUGGCGAUCCGGUGCGAGUGUGUCGUGCCAUUUCGGCAGCCGUCAACUCACCGGACGACGAUGGAGCACUGCUGGGAAAUUGGAGUACAGACUACUCGGGAGGAACGCCCCCCACGAAGUGGGUUGGUUCGGUGGAGAUUAUGCAACAGUUCUACAAGAAGCAGAAACCGGUCAAGUUUGCCCAGUGCUGGGUGUUUGCCGGCGUUGUAUCGACGAUUGCUCGAGCAAUUGGAAUACCGUCCCGGGUGGUAACGAACUACUCUUCAGCGCACGACACACAAGCCUCACUGACGGUGGAUUACUUCGUAGACAAGGCCGGUAAAAUUAUGGAAGAAAUGAAUGCCGACUCGAUCUGGAACUAUCACGUGUGGAACGAGGUGUGGAUGCAGCGACCCGACCUGGGCAUCAGCUCGGACGGGGACUACGGUGGAUGGCAAGCGAUCGAUGCCACUCCGCAAGAAUCUUCCGACGGAAUGUACCGGUGCGGUCCGGCAUCCGUACUGGCCGUGAAGUUGGGUGAGGUGUUGAAACCGUACGACAACAAUUUCCUCUUCGCGGAAGUAAAUGCGGACAAGGUGUUCUGGAGAUAUACGGGACCACACCACCCGCUAAAGUUGCUGCGGAAAGAUGUGCUUGGAAUUGGACUGUUUAUCAGCACGAAAGCCGUCGGCCGAUGGGAGCGGGAGGAUAUAACCGCCAGCUACAAAUUUGCGGAAAAAUCGGAAGAGGAACGUGCCACGAUGCUGAAGGCGCUGAAGCAAGCCAACAGCUACUUCAGUCGGUACUAUCUGAACGAGGAGUUCAACGAGGUAUAUUUUAACUUUGAGCUGCGAGAUGAUAUCAAGAUUGGCGAGCCUUUUAGUGUGUUUCUGCACGUCAAAAAUCGAUCAUCCGAAAAUCGACACGUUGUCGAGGGUUCGCUGCACGUUGAUAGCGUACUGUACACGGGGAAGGACCGGGAUAGUGUAAAGGUGGACACGUUCUCUGUUACGCUCGAACCCGGCACCGAGGAGUUUGUACGCAUGGUAGUCGAGUUCCAAGAGUAUUAUCGCAAAUUGCGUGAUCAGGCUGCAUUCAACAUUUCCUGUAUGGCCACGGUACUGGAUACGGAGUUUGAGUUUUACGCGCAGGAUGAUUUCCGUGUACGUAAACCAGAUAUAAAGAUAACGCUGCUUGGAAAGCCGGUAUCUCAGGCCCCUGUAGAGGUUCAGUUUACGCUCGAGAACCCACUGCCGAUACCAUUGCGCAAGGGUGUGUUCCAUGUCGAAGGAACGGGCAUUGGGAAGCCGCUACUAUUUAAGCACCCGGAAAUAGCUCCAGGAGAGAAGGUUUCGAAUACCUUCACUAUGACACCACCCUACUCAGGACGCAUGGCACUAGCUGCCAAGUUCACUUCCAAGGAGUUGGACGAUGUCGAUGGAUUCUUGGCGUUCAUUGCACAUCCCCGACCGGAGGACAUCAUUAUGGAGGUGGAAGAUAACGCGAUCAUUGCCCGUACUGACGUAAUCGACUAG